GUACGCCUGGGUUAUGUUUAUGUCAUUUACGAUGACGGAAGUUCUUGGCCGUUUAAGAAGUGGAUAUUUCCGUCAGUCACGUUGUCAAACCCUUCGAUUCAGCGUUUUCCAGACGAGAGCGGGACCGGGAAGGACAAAGGAAACAUACUUGGAUUCAUCAUAAACGGGCAGGUCGCCGAUAGGCAGUUCGAUUGGUUUGUGCCUGACAAGGUGAACGGGCUCACGCAAGCAGGACUCUCACGUUUGAAUCAGUCAAUCGAGGCCUUCGUGUACUGCAUUCUCGGGGCACAGGUUAAUGUGCGCAGCAGCAUUCUUGGUGAUGGAGGCUGAUCGAUUGAAGCGCAGGGCGAGUUUCUCACAUUACUGCGGAGGACGUUUUCAGGCAGCCAGACCUGGCCAAGCGCGUGCAGCGCUACCAGCUGGCUGUAGACAGGGCAAAGGUGAGACUUGAUUUAGCAGCGACGCCCGGAGCGUGACUGAUCCCCUCUCAGAUGGCGAUUAAUACAGAGAGAACAGUUGCUUACAACAACAAGCUCAGCCAGGCAACUUACACCAAACAUGAAUCUCUGGUUGAACAAUGACGUAAACAAAGAGACAAAAAAGUGGGGUUACGCCUCAUGGCGGCGGUCCUUCCAAAAUUAACCCGCCAAACAAUCACCCAGCUAAUCCCAUUCACAAGGAGGCAAUGAAACUGAAAAAGGAUCCGCCUACCAACCCAUCCCCCUCCUCGCCACCCCCUCCAACGACUACAAGUCACGACAUAAACAAGGCGAUGCUCGUUGUGGGUGCAGUUCUUUUGACUGGGCUUUAAAUUUUGAAGCGUUUUGCAUUAAAAAGGCGACCACAGCAAAAUUCAUUAGCCAGGUGUGCUUCGUCAGAAAUGAGAUGGCCUGUCCUGCCGCUAGAGAUGGCCAAGUUGAGAGUGUUUUUUUGAUGGAUUUGAAUAUUUAUUUCUUUGCUAAUAAGGAACCAAGAAGAGAGUCACCUUAGAAGGCUUAUGGGUAAGAGCUAAGUUUCUUUACGAUAUUUACUUUAUUUAAUUUAAGUUAAGCUUUGUGGCCUAGAGUUGGCACCUGGCGCAGUUUUCAUAAGUUCGGCUAGAUAUAUAUAUAUAUAUAUAUCUGUCUGGAUUUCCAAAAAGGUACCUCCAUGAGUUUUUUUAGCAACAGUCUCAUUUGAAUUUCAGUACAAAGAUCCCCUAACAAGCUGCAGUAGGUAAAAAAACAUAUGUUUAUAAUUCUGUUUUUUAUCUAUCCCCCCCCCCCUCCCCCCUCUCCCCUACCCAUAAAUACCCAUGAUUCUCUCCUUGUCAUAAAACACUAUUACAUUUGAAAUCAGCGCGCGCGAUAGAAGUUGUUUUAAUUGGUUGGUUAAUUUUCUGGAUUCCUUUCUGGCCGCCUUCAGCAAAGUUUUCCCGAAGGCAUCCUUAAGCCUUAUGACGGAAUAAGUCUUACGAUUGGCAAAGUCUGCGUCACGCCAAUAUGUUAUCGUAUUUCGUCUCAUUUUGGCUAAACAGGCCUAGGUCAAACAGGGUGAAACACUGAUCUCGGGCUUGAGACGGAAAGGCAUCAUAUUGCGAGCUUUGAUGUGGGCGGUGACGAGUCUCUAGCCUCAAAAAGUAGUUUGUAGGAGUCACAUCUAUUCGUCGAGAGCAAAAUUGAUGCAGAUUUCUGAGCAGGCCAGAGAUUUAGUUAAAAAUUGUUUUGAAGGCCGGCCUCUGUGUGUCCCUUUCAAAACGGCUCUUUUACAUCCGGGAUCUUGAAUAAAUCGACUGCUGUCAGGAGAAUUUACAUGUGAUGAUUUAUGUGUAGAAAGGGAGAGUAAUUCGAUGAUAUUUGGCCCGUAUUAAGUGUGGAACCAUUGUGCCUAGUUGGUGGUUGUGGACAGUUUUAUCAGCGUCGCGAACGUGGUUAAUUGUGUGAUUUCCCGAAGUUGUUGAUCGACAGAAUUCAGGUAUGUCGUGGUGGUCGUGUAAUGAGAAUAUUGUUUAAAAGCAAAAACACGCUUCGUGAGUGUUUAGUUGAAGUGAUUUUGUCUUAGACAACCGAUUCUGGGCUCAAGAAAGUUGGAUUCUAGGUCUGUUUUAGUCGGGCAUCUCGCUAUGAGCCUCAUAGUUUGAGAGACUGAGGCCCAGUUCAGACGUCGUGCUUCUGCCGUGCCGAACUUAAUUGUAAUUCUGUUCGACUGUAGCACGGCAGGAAAACAACUUUGAUUCAGACGUCGUGCCAGAGUCGAACCAAAUUCAGGAUUUACUGAUGCCUCGUAACAAUUCUCCUCCUAACUCCCCGUGGGAACGCAAUCUCGCCAAAAUACAUUAAUAUAAUUUAUGAAUUUUGCUAAGCACGGCAGAAGCACGACGUUUGAAUCGCUGCCGUGCCAGAGCCGUGUAGCACGGCAGCACUUGUCGAACUUAAUUGCUUGCCGAACUUAAUUCAAAAGUUUGAUUCAGACGCCGUGCUUCUGCCGUGCUUUUGUCGAACUUAAUUCCUGAAUCUAGUACGGCACGGCAGAAGCACGACGUCUGAACUGGGCCUCAAGGGUCAUAAUUUCUGUGCUUUUAAGAGCGCCGGUCAGGAAAAAUCGACCAAAAUCUAAUUUCGUGGUAAGAGUUGAAAAAUCAAUUUCUUUCAUUUUUUGUUCAUAGAUAGCUUUUAGGUAGAUAAGAAACCUAAAGUAGAUUAUUCCGCCGAAAUUUUUUUUAACCUGAAAUUCGCUAACAUUAACUUUCCUCGCGUUCGCAAACGAAGCCGCAUCGAGAAAUUUGGACGCUUUCCAUGAACAGAAAAAUUCUUUUUCUUCCACUAAAAGAUACCUUCAGGGCAAUAGCGAAGCUCGUCGUACUGAAAUAAUUCAAAAAUACGGGAUAGGUUUUCAGGAUAACAAAAACUCAAGUUCGUUACUCGUUUUCGACGGUAAUAUUUAACAUGUGGUAUAACUCCAAAUUCUCUUAAUGCUAUUUAAAUCAAACAUUUAGACAAUAAUUUAAAACAUACCUGGGAAUUGGCUUGGGUUACUGGAAUGUAAUCUCUGUAACACACCAUCGAAGUUCAGGAAUUCUCAUGGUAGGCCGGCGGUAAUUGUGUAAACACUUCCAAUUUCGAAACGCCCAAAAGUAGAUAUUUACAGCCUAAAGGCUCGUUUUCUGUACUUCUUGUAGGUUUACCCAUUGCAAAUUUUUUUUUUCCAAUCAAAGAGUGGGGUAAGAAGGUGAAACUGGGUCAAUUUUAGCCAUUUUGAAACGCUGAGCCCUACCAGACGUAAAUAUAAUAAAAAUCCCCACUAAAGGCCUAUGAGUAGUAAAACCAGCACAAAAAUAACAGGACCCCUCAACCGGGCCCCUAAGUGUCUAGGAAGCUACAGGCUAUAACUACAAAAACCUAUAAAUAUAAUCAAGAAUUGUUAAAACACGAUGGUCGGUUGCUAGGGCUUUUCCUCCCGCAACUUCGUAAAUUCAAUUGUUGGCUCACAGAGCAGUAUUUUAUAUUCCAAAUAAAGCAAGACAUUAAAACAUCUUAAGAAACAAUUUCUUUAAAUUUGUACCAAUGUUAAGGUAUUUUUGACGUUUCUUGAAAGUAUAACGUCAUAACUGAUGGCUAGUUUUAGUAACAUUAAAAACUUGCAAAGCACUUUUCAAAACAUUACAGACAUUUUUGCCACACAAAAAGAAUAUGUAUAGUGAAAACCCCAUCUCAAUCGGAUAAAAUGGCGUAAUUAAAGAAAUUCAAAUUUCCCCCCACAUGACCAUAUAUGGUCAAAAUUAGGGGGAUUUUAAACGCGAGAACAAUGAAUGUAUUGUUGCAUAAAAUCAAAAUUGUGCUUUUCUACUUACUUUUUUGGCUUAUGUGCUGCUAUGACGCGUUUUCGUCACGAAAUACGUCGUUGUGACGUCAUAGCACCACAUACCCUAAGUAGAAAAAACUACAAUUUUGAUUUUAUGUAACUUUGUUCUGGCUCCUGUUCCAAUACAUUCAAUGUUCUGGCGUUUAAAAUACCCCUAAUUUUGACCAUAUAUGGUCAUUUGGGGGAAAUUUGAAUUUCUUUAAUUAGCUGUAACUUAAGCCUGUUUUAUCCGAUUAAGAUGGGGUUUUCACUAGAAAUCAUAGAAUUCUAUACAGAAAACUAAUGUAAAAUUUUUACCAUUUCUUUCCUGAAUUUUUGUUCUGAUGCCAAAUUUGGACAUCAUCUAUCACGUCACAACAGAAGUCACAUGGGAUGAAAGAAAACCAAGAAACAAGUAACUUAUCAAACAACUUCCCUGCCAAGUUUCGUCACAUUCGAUGCAUUCUACUUCUGUCUAUGGCCUAAAACUCUCAGUUUUGAGAGGUGUUUGGGAGGAAAAGCCCUAGCAACCGACCACCGUGAAAGCUGUUUUUAAAAAGAUGUUUACAAGAACUUCACUACCCAGGCGUGUCAAUUCCACAGAGUGUUAUGUAUAAUGAAUACGAUUUUUAAAGUGAAAUUCUUGUCGUUUAUUUAAUCCGAAGGGCGCAAUGGAAAAUAAAGGCGCGCUCCAGUAAGCUUUUUUGGUGACCAAUAAUUUGUCUUUUUCUUGAUUUGUGCUGGUACAGAUUUGUCGGUCUAUGUAUUGAAAAGUAACGUCAGACAAAGUGUGUGGUGUUCUAUUAAAGUGUAUAGCAACUUCACAAGUUUUCUUGUUAAAAAAUUCUUAAGGAAAUUCUAACACCUUCUAAAGGGAGAAAAAGCUCCUUGCCAAGCACAGAUACACCAGCUUCAGGUUGUUUCAAAUGUGAAGAAACCAGAUGUGAUCCUAGUUUGUAAAAAUUUCCUUGUGAACUCUAACACAUUUUCUAGCGCCCAAACUGGCAAAACCUAUCUUGCAACAAACAACAAACAAAGGUUUUCGUGUAAUUCCACUAAUGUCGUUUAUUUGGUCCAUUGUAAAAAAUGCAAUCUUCAGUAUGUUGGCUCUACCACUACUGAAUUCAAAGUUAGUACGGGAAGCACAAAUCAUCUAUGAAAACUAACAAAAAAAUUUACUGGUUUGUUUCUUUAUUUUUUUAUUACUUUUUUAUUUAUUUUGUUGUUUUCUUUUGUAUAAAACUGUUCAGAGUCCUCUAUUUUUCCGUAAGAUCGUCAAGAUCGCGCGCUUUGCGUUACAGGCUGCGCCAUCUUGCAUGAGUGUCAAAACUACUUGGGGGGCGGGGGCGGUUUGGGAGGAAGCGAGAAAAAUAGAGGGACUGUAAUAACGUACAUCACUGCAGCUCGCGUUUAGAAGGCGUAACAGGAAUUUCAUUCCUUUUACCAUUCAUUAAUUAAGAAACUCCGCUGGCGAUGAAAACAAUGCGAGACACAUUUAGCCUCUAUUUCGCGUGUUUACAAAUAUCUCCUUUCGAAACAGUGAUUUCAUAAAGUUUCUGAGCCAUUCCUCCAUGUAAAAUCGGCAAACAUGCACAGGUGAAACAUUUUCCUAAUAGAAGCGCUAAGCAUGCUCGCUUCACCACAGAUUAAAACGGUUAAACCUCCCAAUAAAAAGCCGGGCAUUUCUGACAGGUCGUCUUUUUUGCUCGGCGUAGCGUCAAAUUUCAGUUCGUUUGGUAGAGACUGUGUUGCAACUUUCCCUGGCCAGGCCCCUCUUCUCCGCAGAGGCCCUUUUUGUGAUGUGGGGAGACUGAGGAGAAAGAAAAAGAGAGCGCGCGGGGCACGAUGGGAAGGGGGGAGAGAGAAGAGAGACCUCUGCCACAUAAUGUGCGGUUCACUGGCCGGAUUUGCGGUUCUAUUGUUUUGGCUAAACCAACCGACUGUUUGGACGCUUUUAAGAGCUGCUUUGAAGAUAAUGCCUUUUCCCUCUUCCCAUCGUCCCCCGCGUGCUUUCUAUUUUUUCUAUUAUUGCUAUUUUUAUAGGGAUACCCAGCGGGAGCCUCUGCGGAGGAGAGAGUGUGUUCUAUAUUUGUUUUAAAUCCUUUUUAAAGAUAAAUAUCUUUUUCACGAGGGAGAUCCAGCCGAUUAACAUAAAGGUGCAGUUCAUAUUUUUGCUACGCGUACAAGGUAGCGGCUAGCUUUCUUGAGAUAAAGCAAAGACUAUAAUUUUGCGUUUGCGAAAAGUUGAUUUCCGUCUUAUUCACUCAGGUGUACAAACCUCGCAUUGUUUUUUUCAAUUAAAGUUUUAUCCGACUGGCAAUCACACUUUCCGUCUUUUUCAACAUUUAAAAACUGAAAGCCAAGGUCAAAGCACGGACGAUCUUCAGCCAUAAUGGCGGACAGGCGAAAAUAUAAAUUUCCCUUAUUUAUUCGAAUAAGCGCCCAACCUCGAAUUAGCGCCCACCUCGAAUAAGCGCCCAUGCUAAAGGCAGAAAAAGUUAAUAAGCGCCCAGCCUCGAAUAAGCGCCCACCCACCCCACUCCCUCCAAAAAAAACUCCAAUAACAGCCUGAUAAGAGAUAAGAAGAGAUACUCCCGAAGACGGAGUUUUCUUCAGAGUAUUUUACAGAAACCUUGCUUUGCUACAUCUUCGCUUUUUGUUAGUACCAUUUACUGUUUUGUUGUAAAAUAUACUACUACACUUGCCGAGAAUGGUGAAAAUUAAAUAAGCGCCCAGCCUCGAACAAACGCCCACCUCGAAUAAGCGCCACUCUAAAGGUCCAAAAAUUUAAUAAGCGCCCAGGGCAGUUAAUCGAAUAAAUACGGGAAGGGGUUAAUGUUUGGCAGAGAGAGUGACGUAGCUUGCGUACAUAAGUGGCGCUAUAAUGCACGCGUGACGUGUGCUGAGUGCCUUAUGGAGAUAUAAUGAACUGGUCUCGACCAAUCCGAGAAUCCAAUUUUAACCUUGGUUAUUUUACAAUACUACCAUAAGGCACAUCUUGCGCCAACACACGAAGGAUUUUUGGUAUUCUGAAGAUGAAAAAUAACGUAAGCCAACAUGCUUUUAAAGCAGCCCGGCCACUCUCUCCUCCACCUAGGCUCCCGCUGGAUAUCCCUAUAAAAAUAGCAAUAAUAGAAAAAAAUGGAAAGCGCGCGGGGGACGAUGGGAAGAGGGAAAAGGCGUUAUCUUUACAACAGUCACCGCCUCCAAAGCGUCCAAAUAGUCGGCUGGUUUAGCCAAAACUACAGAACCGCAAAUCCGGCCAGUGAACCGCACAUUAUAUGGCAGAGGCCUCUCUUCCCCUUCCCCCUUCCCAUCGUGCCCCGCGCGCUCUCUUUUUCUUUCUCCCCAGCCUCCCCACAACACAAAGAGGUCUCUGAGGAGGGGAGAGUAGCACACAUUAUUUUAAUAUAAUCACGGAUUUGACCUCAUAUUCAACUAAAUCAGAUUCAUUGCCUGCGUUAAGGGCAUUUUACUACAUAAGGAGGCCUGGAAUUCAAAGUCAUUUUCCAAUCAAAUAACUUAACAUAUUCAUGAUAUUGGGUGAUGUACUGAUAGUGACACAAAAGCUAACUUCCGCAAAGAUGACAAAUAUACCUAGCAACCUCAAAUUUACGCUUAUAUUUCCCAAAUUACGUUUUAGGUUAGAGUGAUUUUGCUUGAUCUGUGAAACAGGUACUAACAAAUAGUGCCAAAUAGCAAGAGCUAAACAAAACAAUACAAUUGAAUUAGUGCAUAAUAGUACGUAGUAUUCUACAACCUAUUUCAAGGGUCAAGUAAAAUCAUUCUAUCAUCCCAGUCCGCUCUAGUAUGGCUGCAGCCAGUGUGGUCGCUUUCUUCUCUACUGCCGUAUUCCUCGGAAAUGUUGCUUUCAGUGCGACAGGAUUUGCAAGGGUAAUUGUUUUCCUCUUUCUAUAUCAGCUUGGUUCAUUAGCAUGGCUUGAUUCUUGUAACAUUGAAUACGCUGUUUUGAUAGACACACUUGGUUUCGUUGCCAUUCUCCCAAUAACAAUUUAGCGUUCUAAUCUAAGAGAUAACAUUCGUGCCGAGCUACUGGUUACGUUUGUUCCAAUCACAUUCGCAGGAACACCACUUGGUCAAUACCUGCAAGAUUUCACUCCGGCGGUACUGGGCUUUAAAGGUUCUGAUUGGCUCCCUGACAAUAGUAGUUACAGCCUGGCAGAUUCAUGAGUAUUGCAAGAAAAGAAGGACAGAAAAGAGACUUGAAGAGAAAAAGGAAUCCAGAGUGACUGAAGACAACGCUUUGACAGCUCAUGUACAGGAAGACUGA